AUGACUUUCUUCCACAUUCUCGCUGCAGCAUUUGCGACCGCCACACCUGCGUUGGCAGCCAUCUAUCCCGUCAACGUUCCUGCCGCCGCAGAUGGCUCCGCAUUCUUCCCCGGCACCCAGAGUGGUGUUGGCUCCUGGUAUCGCGCCUCGUCGAGCCAGGACUCUACCAGCGGCACUGGUUGGUGUGGUAAGAAAUACUCGGACAGCGACCCCGUGAUUGCAGUGUAUUUCACUGCCAUGAGCGCGAAUGAUGCGACAUACAAUUCCGAUCAGAAUGGUUGGAGAACGGCGACAAGGAAGUACUGUGGUCUCGAGGCCCUGGUCACCGACCCUGCCACUGGCAAGCAAAAGCUCAUGUACAUCGCCGACGCUUUUGACCCUCGCUAUGUGACUGGCAUGGGACAUCCCAAGGCGUCCUUGGACAUCAUGCUUAACAGCUGGUCGGAGCUCUACGGCAAGAGUCCUGACGGCAACAAGAAUCUCGUCAUCAACCCUGUCCAAUGGGUCCUGACCGGUAAUGUCAACACGCAAUGGACUGCCGACGGUGCUGUCUGGCCAACAAAGACUGGAGGCAUACAGACACAGACCUCGAUCUCUCCUGCAAAGACAUGCGAUUGGGGGUGUCUCGGUUGGGACUGCAGCGCUACCGUGCCAUGUCAAUCGCCUAAUGUUUGUGUCAGCGGGUACUGCAGGAGCAGUAGCGCCACCACUACUGCUCCGACAUCUACCGCAGCAUGCUCGUGGGGAUGUCUGGGCUGGGACUGUAGCGCUUCCGUCCCUUGCCAAUCGCCCAACGUUUGUGUCAACAACUACUGCAGAGCGAGCUCCACUCCAGUACCAUGUGCUGGGUGCGAGGGGGCCUCUUGCGGCACGACCACUGCUUGUAACUCUGGAUUGACCUGCCUGAGUCCCGACGGUGUCUGCAAACCCGCCGCCUGCAAUUGGGGCUGUACUGGUUGGAGCUGCAGUGCUUCUAGCCCUUGCCAGCUGCCAAACAGCUGCGUGAGUGGUGUUUGCAAAUCAUCUUGA